AUGUCGCGACGUAUCAUACAGGCCGGAGUGAAGCCGCGGGCAAAGGUGAUGCGCACGCGCGUUACCGAAACUCGACGAGGAAACGAUAUUCACUGGUGCCCGCAAGUCGACGACAUUCCGAACUUCGACUUUGGGGACCCUGCAAACGCGCACCUACUUCCUGGGCAUGCCCGAAAACGAGCGAAGACCAGGUUGGCCGGCUCGACGCAGGCGGACUUUAUGAGGGAAUGGCUCCCGCAUCGCGAGGACUUCCUUGAACGGCUUAUUGAUCUGGAAGCUCCACGCGAGAGGCGGCGGGUGCUGGUCACUGAGCAUAAGCGAGACUUCCUGCAUCGGGUGGAGCGUUGGAUUUCCGAAGACGGUCCGUUGCCAGCUGACCCCGAAGUCCAGGAGCCUGACGAGGCGUCCGAGUGGGAGGAUGUGGAAAGCGAUCUCUUUCCCGCAGAGCCCUCGAGGCAGCAAGGGCCUGUGCUUGGAGAGUGCGUCGAUGUUACAGGGGUCCACCAUGUUCGAGUCACGUUCUGCCAGUGCUCGAAGCCCGACAGCAAACCGCGGCAGCUUCUCGCGCUCGGACUCUAUCCGGCCUCCGUGCUUGCCCCCCGCACCGCCUUCACCUUCCGAGUACUUGACGACUUCUUGUUGGCCAACAAGAUUUCUGGCAUUGCGGCUCAAAGCUACUUCGAGCGACUGCGACGGCUUACCAGCAACGCCUUUCCGGCCCGUGUUCCUGAUCGAUACAGAGAGCUCUUGCGGACCAGUCGGCAGUGGCGGAAUCUCAAAUAUCGCAAAUGGCAUGGAUAUGGCCACGGACGGGGCCCCGUAGGUCCCGGGGAUCUUGCAUUGGGAUGUGUUGCGUGUCCGCGACCCGGUGUCAAUCUGAAGGACGGCUGGGACCGGGAAGCCAACCAGUGGAAAUACACACAGUCGUUCGUUAUGGACGGUAAUUUCAGCGCUGAGCAUUUAAAAAUGCGAAGCCCAAAAGAGGAUGUGUCCCUUGCCGACGGUCAUGGAUUUAUGGUAACGGAAGAGCCCUACAAAUGCCACCUCAAAGAGGCCGUAGAGGUUCGAGAGAAAUCGAGCUGUCAUGCGCACCGGGCCGUCAACCAGGCUAAUGCCGAUCACCACGACAUGGAGGCCACCGGUAUCGGAGCAGUAGCAUGCGCGAGGCAUGGCUGUUUUGUUCCCCAUGCAGUGGUCGAUUUUCAAAAAGGCGAGCGGCAAAUGAACAUGGACUAUGCACUCUCCCAGGCCUUUCAGUUCUACGCCGGCCUGCAGACCUUCAUUCUGAUGUAUGACAUCGCCUGCUUCGAAGCAUUUGACGUGGCCGCUAAUGGGUUGAUAUUUUGGGGAAUCGGCCUCUUCCACAUCCACGGCCAUCAGCGAGACUGCCUGCCCAAGUUUUCACCGGACUUUAUUCCUGGGGCAGGUAACGUCGACGGUGAAAUCAUUGAGACUCUGUGGUCUCCGCUGAAUCGGAUCUCGGGAAGCACGCGCGCAAUGUCGACUUCUCAUCGCAAGGAGGUCAUCGACGACCACAUGAAUGAUUCAAACUGGAGAAAGACCGCAACGCAACAGAAGCUCGCAUAUGCGGAGACGUUACGAAACCUGGAGGUGUCCAGUGAUCCGGUGCGCCUCGCAGAGUGGAGGGGCUAUGAGGCGAAGGCGCGCGCAGAACGGGUGGUGGACCUGAGAGUCAUGGAGGUAUAUGAGGUUACGCAGGAGAAAGCCCCAGGCAAACGCGACAUCCAACUGGCCUUGGAGAAGGAGGAGGGAAGGCGGAAGGAGCAGAGCGGCCUCGCCUCUUGGCUCGCAGAAGGCGUCUCGCUACAGGAGCAGCAACUUGCUGUGGCUUCGCUUGCGCGCCGCCAUGCAAAGGACGCCCUCCUGACUUCGCAAAUUCAGUUGGUGAGCAGACGAAACAGGCUUCAAAAGGCGGUGGAUCGGUUCGCUGCGAGAUCGAGCGCAUUCCUGGAGGAGGAACAGGCCGACAAAGACGGGACAGAGGCCGAUGAACGCGCGAAUGGCGUCGGUACCUCAUACGGGGGCGAAGAAUGGGAAGACAUUGAUGACGACCCCGACGUGACCGAUGAGAUUGUGGUGGCUGAAGAAGCGGACGACGUCAUUCACCCGGAAACAGUUCCACUCACGCUGCCUUCGAUGCUUGGAAGGGAGACACUGCGCGAGCGAAGGUUGGAAGAAAUUGGCGAGAGGGAGCUUCGGCUGCGGGAGGGACAGGCAAAUGACGCACUUCAUAGACUCAGAAUGGCCAUCGGCCUGAAAUCCGCGGUCUUUCGCACGGACAUCCGCGAGGCAGAAGGACGGCGGGCAGAGACGCGUGCUUGGACGCGAGCGCAGGGAAUUGCGAAGAAACCCAUGAAGCGGCUUGUCAUGACGGAGUCUGAAGCAAAGGAGAUGGAGAAGAGGUUCGAGGAGGAACGCAGCAAUCGCAGCAAUGCCGCAAAACUCAAAGGAGACCGUGCGCCUGGAGGCCCUCCGGCCUCUUCGUCGAGGCAGGCCGCAGCCCCGGACUCUUUCGCUCAAUGGGUGCGGACUCUUCCCGACGUCAUGCAGCGCUAUCGCCCACUACACAAAGAUGAUCUGAGCGCAACAACACAUCUGGUCGAUAACUCUGAACGAAACUCACGGCAUAAGGUGCUUUCCUGGAUUUGGUCUGUGGAUGUGCGGCUUGACACCGAGAAUUCGGACUGGCUUGUGGAGAUUCACCGAGUAAAUUGGCUUCAUGAGCGAGCAAGAAGCGAUCGCUGGAAUGAGCAGGUGGUGCUUGUAGGAGAGGAGAUCAUCAGGGAAAACCGCCCAGACGCUUGGGCCCUCUGA